AUGACGAUCAUUAAACCAUCGUUAGUGGGUCUGAUUGUGAAACAUCUGAGGCGAAAAGCAAAACAAUGUGCCGAUUACACAGUUACAAUGGAGGAGAAAAAGAAAGUUUCAUUGAGCCAAAAUGCUUCUGUUAAUGUGACAGGUCUAAGAGAUUGGGAAUGUCUAUCUCAUUGUUUGUCUACAAAGACAGCUUGCUCAAUAUCGUACAACCCUUCAGAAGAACAUUGUUUGGUUUAUACUGAAUGCCAAGGCUUGUGUCCAACCUAUGUACAUGAACAAGGGUUCAAGAAACAGGUCCACGGCUUAUAUCUCACGGAUAAGGCGUUAAACGAUGAUGACAUCAUAGACAACCUAGUAUGCUGGACUAAAACAUACAUAGAGAAAACUUCUGAUGAUCCUUUCGGAGAUGUUUUUAACUCAGGUUUACGGGGAAGAACAACUCAUCCAAACACACCUGAACCCACAACAACAGUACAUCCAUCGACCACACCGUCACAAACUACAACAUCGGAAACUACGACGUCACAAACUACAACAUUGCCAACAACAACGUCACAAAGUACAACAUCUUCAAGUACGACGUCACAAACUACAACAUCGCCAACCACAACGUCACAAACUACAACGUCGCCAAGUACGACGUCACAAACUACAACAACGCCAACCACAACGUCACAAACUACAACAUCGUUAAGUACGACGUCACAAACGUCAACAUCGCCAACCACAACGUCACAAACUACAACAUCGCCAAGUGGGACGUCAAAAACUACAACAUCGCAAACCACAACGUCACAAACUACAACAUCGCCAAGUACGACGUCACAAACUACAACAACGCCAACCACAACGUCACAAACUACAACAUCGCAAAGUACGACGUCACUAACUACAACAACGCCAACCACAACGUCUCAAACAUUGCCAACCACAACGUCACAAACUACAACAUCGCCAACCACAAUAUCACAAACUACACCAUUGUAUAUCAAAAUCGAGAAACUUUACAUAGCACCCUGUAUCUGCUACACAAACAAAACGUUUGCUAAUAUGACACAGGAAGAAGUAAUUGCGUACCUAGUUAAAGACACACAAAUUGAUACAAAAAAUACCGCACUUGCACAAUCUAAGCUAAGUUGUAAAAACGACCCUAGACCGUCUUCAUCUCUGAUCGGUACUUGCAGUUUGAUAAUUCUGUGUGUUUUAGCAGGAUUAAUGGUGUGUUGUGAUGGAAUCACGAUAAUUAGAACAACUCAUCCAAACACACCUGAACCCACAACAACAGUACAUCCAUCGACCACACCGUCACAAACUACAACAUCGGAAACUACGACGUCACAAACUACAACAUUGCCAACAACAACGUCACAAAGUACAACAUCUUCAAGUACGACGUCACAAACUACAACAACGCCAACCACAACGUCACAAACUACAACAUCGCCAAGUACGACGUCACAAACUACAACAACGCCAACCACAACGUCACAAACUACAACAUCGCCAAGUACGACGUCACAAACUACAACAACGCCAACCACAACGUCACAAACUACAGCAUCGCCAAGUGGGACGUCACAAACUACAACAUCGCCAACCACAACGUCACAAACUACAACAUCGCCAAGUACGACGUCACAAACUACAACAACGCCAACCACAACGUCACAAACUACAACAUCGCAAAGUAUGACCUCACUAACUACAACAACGCCAACCACAACGUCUCAAACAUUGCCAGUCACAACGUCACAAACUACAACAUCGCCAACCACAACGUCACAAACUACACCAUUGUAUAUCAAAAUCGAGAAACUUUACAUAGCACCCUGUAUCUGCUACACAAACAAAACGUUUGCUAAUAUGACACAGGAAGAAGUAAUUGCGUACCUAGUUAAAGACACACAAAUUGAUACAAAAAAUACCGCACUUGCACAAUCUAAGCUAAGUUGUAAAAAUGACCCUAGACCGUCUUCAUCUCUGAUCGGUACUUGCGGUUUGAUAAUUCUGUGUGCUUUAGCAGGAUUAAUGGUGUGUUGUGAUGGAAUCACGAUAAUUAGUAAGUGGAGAACAACAAAUUCUGUAAGACCUGUAAACUAUUAG